AUGGAUCGUAGUUGGAUUAUGUUGCGUAAUAGAUUGGAUAAGAGAUAUCAGGAUGGGUUGAGGAAUUUUCUAGCUUUCGCACAUGAUAAUAUUCAUGAUGGUACAUCCACUAUUCUAUGUCCUUGCCAAGAUUACCGUAAUACUACAUUUCUGGACAUCAGCGCAGUUAAGCAUCACCUGUUUAGAUAUGGAUUUGAUAUAUCUUAUCAAAGGUGGAGUUUUCAUGGUGACUCAUCAUCUAUGGUCUACACUUCAGGAUUGGAGAAUAGCAAUGCUGAAGUUGUUGGAAAUGACUUCGAGGAUGAGGAUGAUAUGAUUGAAAUAUUGAAUGAUUUAGGCGGUGCAAAUAUUGGUGCAGCCAAUUCAUCGGUUGAACCAGAAGUAGAACAAAUUGGCAGUCAAGGUUGGAGCACAAAGGGUAUAUAG